CGGAUGUUUACAUUUCAUCAGUGGGACAAACAGAGGUAAGCUUACUGCGACAUUGUUCUUCCGAUUCGACAUAAUUGUCCUGUACUCCUUACGUUGGCUGCAAUAUUUAUAUAUACAGGGGAAAAAACUUGCGUAUUAAGAAAGUAAAAUUUUAAUUACUACGAUAUGAAAACAUCGUGCUAGUUACAUAUAUUGUUAGGUAUAUGUACAGAUGUAUAUAGUUUUAUGUUAAAAAGAAAUUCUUUUUUUAACAACUGAACUCGAUGAUAUUUCAUUUUGACACUGUGGCAUGGUACACACGAGAAACUUAAGGUUUACUUAAUGAAAUGGUGUUUCUACAUAUUUCUAGCAUGACCGGAAGUAUAAUUGUUUACAAAAAUAAACAUACGGUGGAACAUUACAAAAGAUUGAGACCUAUGAGUAAGAGCUCGCUAUGAAAACGGAUCUGCAUAUUUACAACGUUAGGUAGCUAGGAACGGCAGGCGUGUUAAAAUAAGCAGAUGAUAUAUCGAGACCGUUGUUCUUUGUCACCAUUCGUGAAUAUUUUCUACCAAAUUUAAUCAUGACAAGGGUUCGAGCAUAUUUAGAUGUUUAGUCUCUAUCUUAUAGGACCUGACAUUUAAAAGUAACUGCUAUCAUUUGUAUUUAGAUCUCAUUCGAAAAGAAACCCGUGUCAAGAUUUGCCUUAUGUUCAUAUCCUGUAUAUCUUUUUUAUAAAUAAUGUACAUGUACCAUCACUACAUGUAUUUUCAUUGAAUAACAAUGAAUUGAAGUUUGAAUUUCAGCUAACACACAUUUAUGACUGUGAUGUCUUUUGUCUUUUUAUCUCAUGGUACAUCAUCCAAAAAAGGGAAAAGAGUAUCUAGUUUACAUUAACAGGAGAACACAAAUAAAAAAAAAAUGACGAAAAAGUUCCGCAUUAGUAUUAAUUUCUUUAAAUGGAAUGACGUGAGUAUAUAAAUGAAAUUAUUUUUCUAUUGAAAAUUUAUUAAGCAAGCAUUUUUGAAAGUCUUGAGGCCAAUUUCGUGAUAAUCAUGUUUGCUAGUUAUUCUAGAUUCCGUCCUUAUGUGAGGAAAUCUUCUCUGUAAAUCUAUUCACUCUGACUGGAUGAAAACCAAGAGAACACAAAUAAAAAAAAUGACGAAAAGGUUCCGCAUUAGUAUUAAUUUUCUUUAAAUGGAAUGACGUGAGUAGUAAAAUGAAAUUAUUUUUCUAUUGAAAAUUUAUUGAGCAAGCAUUUCUGAAGGUCUUGAGGCCAAUUUCGUGACAAUCAUGUUUGCUAGUUAUUCUAGAUUCCGUCCUUAUGAGAGGAAAUCUUCUGUGUAAAUCUAUUCACUGUGACCGGAUGAAAAAAAAAGAAAUGUUUCAGAAACACGUAUACCCUAGUGGUGCAAAAUUUGAAUAGGGUUAUACACGUGUAUGAUUUAAUUGACAGCAAUGCCAAAACAAUUCAAAAUAUUGAUCGGACAAUAUGUUCAAAGUGGAUUGAUCCUUGAUCUGUGACUUCAAAAUCAAUAGAGGUCAUCUACUCCUAAGGAUGUACCAGUGCGCCAAAUCUAAGAGGAAGAUGACAUUUGAUAAAACGACAAAUAUCUGCUUAUUGAUUGGGGUUUUGUGUAUUGCUGCUACACCCGUGGAUGGCAUUGAGACGGACACAUAUGAAUUUGGAGAUGAUUGCACUGUUUCAUUUAAAAAGGUGAACGAGGAACGUCAAAUUUACGUUGAAUAUAAAGGGAAACAUAUUCGUUGGCUGUGUGAUGAUUUCUCAUUUAAAGGAAGAGGAGAGAACAUCAUGGAUGACUAUGAGAUAUGUGUCACACCUCAGUACUUUACGGACCCAGACUGUGCAGUGAGAUUAGAUUAUAAGUCAUCCUAUACUAGCGGAAGGUUACAGAGUGUAAACUGUUCUGAAAACUACAACUCGAAAUUCUGUCACUCUGACGGUAAAUAUCUAUACAUAGAUUUCAAGACACGUGGUGGGAAAUCUACAUCAAAAGCCAGAUUCAAGCUACUUAUCACAGCAAGAAAAGUGUUUGAUUAUGGGAAUUUUGUCGGAGCUAUCGUCGGUGGAGUAUUUGGAGGCCUACUCUUGAUCUCACUGGUGAUUGGUCUAAUAUGUUGCUGUGCGUGUAGAAGAAAACCAACACAGGGACAGGUGUUAAACCCAAGUCAAACUCCAAUGGUUAAUCAGCCAGCGUAUCCGUAUGUAACAUACUCUACACAACCAACGGGAAAUACAGCUAUUCCUUAUCCGACAGAGAACUAUCCAAGACAAUACCCAGGGUAUACUACACAAACAGCAUUACACUCCCCCCAGACAGGCAGCUGGCAACAGACAGAAAAACAAGCAUCGGCUCCUCCUCCAAGUUAUGAUGAUGUGACCAAUCAAUAUUGAUUUGCUGUGAUCUUGUUUGUUUAACUACGAAUUUUAUGCUCCCCUUAUCAUUUAUCUAAUGUAACAUGUUUUUUUAUCAGACAUACGUUGUUGUGAUAUUUGUUGCCAUCAUUAUCAAUUUAUAUGCAAGUCGUCUUUUGAUGUCAUAUGACGUGUGGAUGAUAAAUAGAUCGUUCAAAUCGUCAUCAAAUACAUAGUGACCAACUGAAUAAUUUGUCAUACCAUUUUGCUGAAUUUGUUUCUACAACACUUGAUUAUAUGCUAUACGGACACUUUUGUAUAUAUCAAAACUUUUCCAACACAAUACCAGGACAUAGAGUUAUAAUGAGAGUAGCAAUCGAUAAAUUUAGUUUUCAUUGUUUUAAAUGAUACUUGCAUGUAACAUGAUAUUUCAGUAUUCUAUGACACCUUGCAGACAAGAUUCAAACUAAAACAAUCUAGACACGAUUCUGAUGUAGAAAAAAAGAACCAUUGGGCUUUGAGGUCAUAGGGAAAGUAUUGAAAUAGCAUGGUAACCUUUGUUUAAAAUCUUGAGACUUAGUUCACAUAUUUUGAAAUGAAAGGAAAAUACCCAUUAUAUUCUACAAAGCUAGAAACCAAACAUAAAACACACAUGUCCACUAUGUACGAAUAGGUUUUUAAAAAAAAAUAUUUUAAAAGUAUAUGAAUGAUACCGUCUGGUUCAAUAGAUAUCACGCUAAUUAAUCCCGUGAACAGGAGAAAUAACUAUACGAAUUGAAGAUAGAUAUAUAUAUAUAUAUAUAUAUAUAUAUAUAUAUAUAUAUAUUAGAAGUUGAUUCGGCACAGUUGUAAAUAAAUAUUGAAAAUCAGAAUGACACAUUCCAUAAAAACCAAUCAUUUACUGCUAGCGCUUUCCCCAUGUCUACAUGGUUCAUCAGGCAGUUCAAAUAUGUAUAUAAAAAUUGUUUAGUAACGUCUUUGUUAUGACGUCAAUUAAACGAGUCCUUUAUGACGUCAUAAUAACGUUAACCGGUAGCGUUUGGUAAUUGUCUAUUUUGUAAAAACAUUAUGCUAAAUUGUAGUUCAAUUAUUCAAAUAAUUAUUUUCUAUUAAGGCUUGAAUUGAAAAGUUUAAUAAAAUAGUCCUCUUUGGCUUUGCGAGUUAUUUCAUUUUCUGUCUACAUUUUAAAGAACGGGAACACUUGAAAUUUACCACCCCCGCAUUCCGCAAAAUGUUCACUACAUGGGGUGUUCCGCACACUAGGAUCUUUUACUUGUUGUUUGUGCACCCUUACUCGCGCAUUAAGUUUGUUCGUUUGUCCUAUGUAGUUUUGUCCACAAGUUGGGCAAGUGGCACGGUAAAUAAGGUUUUCGGAUUUACAGUUCAUAUAUAUAUAUAUAUGCUGUUCUUUUUUUAAUUGUGAAGUAUAGUAAUAAUAUAUGAUUAGAUCUGUUUUUUUAUACAUGAUUUUAUGAGAGUAUGGAUACAUACUAAAUACUAGUAUGUAGGUUUUAUAUUUUACAUAUUUUUCGUACACGUGAUUUCAAUAUCUUAUCAUAGCCAUAAUAAUGAAUUGAUUGUCAUAUUUGACUACUGAGAGGAAAUGUAAUGAAUGUGAAAUCAUACAUGUUAUACAGACAUUCCGUUUAUUUUUUGCACUUCGAUGCUGUUAUAUAAUACAUUUGUAUGAUAAAAUUCAAUAAAACGUUCCAUGAUUUUGUAGUUGUACUUUUCAUACUAUGAGAUAAAGAAACACGGUCAUGCUUCCAAGUCUGUUUUGCGAGACUUACAACUCUCAUUAAGUUUUUUUUUUGUGUGUGUGAUUUUGUUUGUAAAAUACAAUUUUUAAUGCUAUGAGGAAAAUAUUAUUUUAAAAGGAAGUUUGACAUAAAAAAUGACAUUGUGUGAUAUUCUAUUGUAUUGGAUGUUAUGAUGUAUACAUGCUAUCAACGUUGUAUAAUUUUGUCAUAAUUGUAUGAUGCAGGGAUCCGGGUUUGCGGUAUUCUCGAUUUUGUUUUCUUUAUUGGAAACCUUUUUUCAUAUACAUAUGUACAUGCAUUUUGUUUUGCAAAAUUAUAAAAAUUUCUACCGGCACAAA